AUUGAUGGGGAUGGACCUCAUUGGUAAAUUGACACAAACAGAGAGUGGGCAUCAAUACAUUUGUGUAAUGAUCGAUUAUUUCACAAAAUGGCCCCAGGCUUAUCCUUUGAAGUCAAAGGCAGCAAGUGAGGUGUCGCAGUGCAUCAUCAAAUUUGUGCACCAGUUCGAGUCUCCGAAAAGAAUUCUGACUGACCAAGGGAAAGAAUUUGUCAAUGCCAUCAAUUCAAGAGUAUGUGAAUUACUUGGAAUAAAGCGAAGCCUAUGUUCACCUUACCACCCCCAGACAAAUGGUUUGGUUGAAAAGAUGAAUGGGACAGUUCAGAGAGCCCUCAGCAAACUGGUGGGGGAGAGACCGGACAAAUGGGAUGAGUUCCUUGAUGCGGUCAUGUUUGGUCUUCGAACGAAGAAACAGAUGACAACAAAAUACUCCCCCUACUAUUUGAUGUUUGGUCGAGAAGCGCGGUAUCCUUCUCAGAUUCCAGAACACUACAUGGUUGAUGCCACUGUGGAAGCUGUGGUGGGCCAGGAAGAUCUGUCACAGGACAUCAACCACCAGCAGGAGCUAAUGGAGGCUGUAAGGGGCAAUCUUGCCAAAGGCCAUGCAAAAGUAAAAGGCAAAACAAGCCACGUUUCACCAGACUUCAAAGUUGGGGAUAAAGUCUAUAGGGAAAACAUUCGGAGCCAACAGCGAAAAGGAGGAAAGUUGGAAGCCAACUUUUUAGGUCCCUUUACAAUUUUGGCUAUCCAGGGCAAAAGUGUGGACCUGAAGGAUGAAAAAGGGUCCAUUUUCAGAAAGAUAAAUGUGGAUCAGCUAAAGUUAACUGUCGAAGAUGCCCCCAGAGUGCCCCACUGGGGUACAAAAAUAAAAUCCUCAGCCCCAGCUGCAGCAUCCUCAUCCCCAUCCUCAGCAACAGCUGCACCAUCCUCAGCCCCAUCCUCUGCAACAGCUGCCCCAUCCUCUGCAACAGCUGCCCCAUCCUCUGCAACAGCUGCCCCAUCCUCUGCAACAGCUGCCCCAUCCUCUGCAACAGCUGCACCAUCCUCAGCAACAGCUGCCCCAUCCUCAGCAACAGCUGCCCCAUCCUCAGCAACAGCUGCCCCAUCCUCAGCAACAGCUGCCCCAUCCUCAGCAACAGCUGCCCCAUCCUCAGCAACAGCUGCCCCAUCCUCAGCAACAGCUGCCCCAUCCUCUGCAACAGCUGCCCCAUCCUCUGCAACAGCUGCCCCAUCCUCUGCAACAGCUGCCCCAUCCUCUGCAACAGCUGCCCCAUCCUCUGCAACAGCUGCCCCAUCCUCUGCAACAGCUGCCCCAUCCUCUGCAACAGCUGCCCCAUCCUCUGCAACAGCUGCACCAUCCUCUGCAACAGCUGCACCAUCCUCUGCAACAGCUGCACCAUCCUCUGCAACAGCUGCACCAUCCUCUGCACCAUCCUCUGCACCAUCCUCUGCACCAUCCUCUGCACCAUCCUCUGCACCAUCCUCUGCACCAUCCUCAGCAACAGCUGCACCAUCCUCUGCACCAUCCUCAGCAACAGCUGCACCAUCCUCUGCACCAUCCUCAGCAACAGCUGCACCAUCCUCUGCAGCAUCCUCAGCCCCAGCUGCAGCAUCCUCAGCCCCAGCUGCACCAUCCUCAGCCCCAGCUGCACCAUCCUCAUCCACAUCCUCAGCAACAGCUGCAGCAUCAUCAGCCCCAGCUGCACCAUCCUCAUCCACAUCCUCAGCAACAGCUGCAGCAUCAUCAGCCCCAGCUGCACCAUCCUCAGCCCCAGAAUACACUGGAUUUCCAGAAUAUACUGAGGCUGUUGCAAAGAAAUAUGUACAGGAUGCCUUGGCAGGACAGGAUUUUCAUGUGGUUCUGUCUAAGAUUGGAGCCUACAAGCUGUUCUACUGGGACAUACAGCGAGUUGUUGCAGACAUGGAGUUGGAAAGUGAGUCAAUAAAUGCAUACCUUUCAGUCCUUGUGAGAGAUCACAAUCUAAAGAACACCCAGAAGGCAGCAUUAAUCGAUUCUUUUGCAAUGACAGCAAUUUGGAAUCGUAGGUCCCAAAGACUUAAGAUUAAACCCCUGGACUACGACAUAAUUGUGGGAGUUAUCAACGAGCAUCACCACUGGACUCUUGCGGUAAUCUACCCACAUGAAAAAAAAUCCCUGUUCCUUGAUCCAAUGGGGGAGUCGAAGCAAGGCAUCCAAAGAUGUUUGGAAACAACAAGAGCCUUCAUGCGGAAGAAGGGCUGCCAAGUCUCAAGGUGGAAGUGUGAUACUGUCCCACAUCCAAACCAGCCAGACGUUACCUCAUGUGGAGUCUUUGUUUUGAAAUUUGCAGAAAAACUGUUGGAAAAACAAACUGUAGAUUUCCCAUCGACAAAACAAGACAUCAACACACACAGGAUGAAAAUUGCAGUCACACUCCUCCUUGAGACUGAUGACCUGACAGACAUAUGCUUUUCCUGUGGGGAAGAAGAGCGAGAGACAGAAAUCAACUGGAUUCAGUGUGAGGCCUGUUUGAGGUGGUUCCAUCAUGUCUGCGUCGAAGGUCCACCAAUAGACCAAGUCUUCCUGUGUGUUGCGUGUGUGUGAUAAUUAACAGUGCCUCAUGUAUAUAGUUCAGGAAAUGUGUUCUGUUGCUUUUAAGUUAUGUUCAUGUACAGUGAGAGUGUUGUUUUCAUUGAAGUUUUUUUUUUUUUCACUUAAUUUAUUUCAACUUUUAGUUUGUAAAGAAAAUGUAUGUAACUUCACAACCCACCCCAAGUAGAAAAUGUUCAUUGUCCUUUCUACAGAAUAAAUAUUUGAUCCUUUUCAGGUGGCUAUACAAUACCUUAGCCAAAAUUAAACACAAUGUGCCUACUGGUCUUGGUAUUUUUCUUUUUGUAAGUCUUUCUCUUGUUAUUCUGAGAAAAAUGUUUGGUCUCCAGUAUUAUCAGGCUUGAUCAGAAAUGACCACAAAAUAAAUGUUAGGAUGGUAGUUAAAGAUUUGACCCGUUUGAAGGGGGGAUACAGAUUUUUGCAGGCAGGCCAGAUAUGGGCUGAAAUAAUUUGUACCCCCCCGUAACUUAGGAUAGAAAUGAGCUAGUCCAUUCAAAGUCUCCAGUAUUGUCAGGCUUGAUCAGAAAUGACCACAAAAUAAAUGUUAGGAUGGUAGUUAAAGAUUUGACCCGUUUGAAGGGGGGAUACAGAUUUUUGCAGGCAGGCCAGAUAUGGGCUGAAAUAAUUUGUACCCCCCCGUAACUUAGGAUAGAAAUGAGCUAGUCCAUUCAAAGUCUCCAGUAUUAUCAGGCUUGAUCAGAAAUGACCACAAAAUAAAUGUUAGGAUGGUAGUUAAAGAUUUGACCCGUUUGAAGGGGGGAUACAGAUUUUUGCAGGCAGGCCAGAUAUGGGCUGAAAUAAUUUGUACCCCCCUGUAACUUAGGAUAGAAAUGAGCUAGUCCAUUCAAAGUCUCCAGUAUUAUCAGGCUUGAUCAGAAAUGACCACAAAAUAAAUGUUAGGAUGGUAGUUAAUGAUUUGACCCGUUUGAAGGGGGGAUACAGAUUUUUGCAGGCAGGCCAGAUAUGGGCUGAAAUAAUUUGUACCCCCCCGUAACUUAGGAUAGAAAUGAGCUAGUCCAUUCAAAGUCUCCAGUAUUAUCAGGCUUGAUCAGAAAUGACCACAAAAUAAAUGUUAGGAUGGUAGUUAAAGAUUUGACCCGUUUGAAGGGGGGAUACAGAUUUUUGCAGGCAGGCCAGAUAUGGGCUGAAAUAAUUUGUACCCCCCUGUAACUUAGGAUAGAAAUGAGCUAGUCCAUUCAAAGUCUCCAGUAUUAUCAGGCUUGAUCAGAAAUGACCACAAAAUAAAUGUUAGGAUGGUAGUUAAUGAUUUGACCCGUUUGAAGGGGGGAUACAGAUUUUUGCAGGCAGGCCAGAUAUGGGCUGAAAUAAUUUGUACCCCCCCGUAACUUAGGAUAGAAAUGAGCUAGUCCAUUCAAAGUCUCCAGUAUUAUCAGGCUUGAUCAGAAAUGACCACAAAAUAAAUGUUAGGAUGGUAGUUAAAGAUUUGACCCGUUUGAAGGGGGGAUACAGAUUUUUGCAGGCAGGCCAGAUAUGGGCUGAAAUAAUUUGUACCCCCCUGUAACUUAGGAUAGAAAUGAGCUAGUCCAUUCAAAGUCUCCAGUAUUAUCAGGCUUGAUCAGAAAUGACCACAAAAUAAAUGUUAGGAUGGUAGUUAAUGAUUUGACCCGUUUGA